GUCUCGCCCGUCAACAGACGGUGCCGCAUCGUCAGUUCCUUCCACCGCGCCUGGAAGGCGUUCGGUUAGUGGAGCGUUCUCUUGCGUCGUCGCCUCCGUUCUGGUCAUACGACUCCGAAGAGAGACAAGGCUAUUAUCAUCGAAUAGAUAGACAUUCGAGUAGAGAGGAAGCGUAAGAAGAAGAGCUCAGUGAAGUAUUGUAGCUUCGAUCAAAGAAUAAAAAAAAAAAAGAAAACGAAGAUAAAAAGAAAUAAGAAUAAGAAGAAUAAGAAAAAGAAGAAGAAGAAGAAGAAGAAGAAGAAGAAGAUAAAGAGGAGGAGAUAGAGAAAGAAAAAAAGAAAAGAAUGGAAAGAUUAAUCAGAUCGUUACAACUGCCCGGGUCCGGCCGGUAAUUCCUCUCAUUAAGGAGAUCGAAUCAAACGGUACCGAGGGAAAAUAAAAUGAGCAACCCGGCCCGGAAGAGACGCUCUUAACGUCAAUCCAUUCGAGGGAAGAAACUAAGGAUCUGAUCUUUAACUUGGAAGAAGUGUAUAGUGGAAGAUGACGAAGAGAUUCGAAUUCAACUGGCAGAUCGAAGUGCCGGAAGCACUUCGUAAUGGAUGCGUCUUUGAUCGAUGGUCUGAGGAGAAGGACAAUACGGAGCUUGAGAUGAACUGUAUGUUCAAGGUCGACGUGUACGGUUUCUUUAUUUAUUGGCAGAGCGAAGGAAAGGACGGUGAUGUAUUAGAACUGUGUCAAGUGAGCGAUAUUCGUGCCGGUGGAGUGCCAAAGGAUCCAAAGCUGUAUGAUAAAUUAGUUUCCAAACACGGUGAGCAACUAGAUGAAAAAAGUUUGACCAUCUGUUCGGGCGUCGAUUACACCAACAUCAAUUAUCAGCACGUCGUUUGCCCGGAUGCCGCGACUGCCAAGAUAUGGCUGGAUGGUGUACGAUCGAUUACGCACAACGUGAAAGCCAACAACUUUUGUCCGUUGACAUGCCUGAAGAAACAUUGGAUGAGACUAAGAAUGUUGGUCGAUCCAAAUGGAAAAGUUCCGGUGAGAGUAGUCGCAAGGACUUUUGCAUCAGGAAAAACUGAGAAGCUUGUCUAUCAAUGUCUUUCUGAUUUAGAUCUACCAAGUGGCAAAAAUGACGUUAUAGAACCGGACGACUUUACCUUCGAUGCAUUUUAUGCUCUUUAUCAUAAAAUAUGCCCGAGGAACGAUAUAGAGGAGCUCUUUCAAUCGAUAACACAAGGAAAGGCGGACACGAUAAACCUCGAACAGUUGAUUACCUUUCUCAACGAGAAACAACGUGAUCCGACCUUAAACGAGAUUUUAUAUCCUCUAUACGAUGAGAAACGAGCGUUAGAAAUUAUCUACGAUUACGAGCAGAAUGAAACUGCCCGAAAUCAAAAAACGAUGACGAAGGACGGCUUCAUAAGAUACCUGAUGUCGGAUGAGAAUGCACCGGUGUUCUUAGAUAGAUUGGACGUUUAUAUGGACAUGGACCAACCAUUGGCUCAUUAUUAUAUCAAUUCGAGCCAUAACACGUACCUGAGUGGUCGUCAAUUUGGCGGAAAGAGUAGCGUCGAAAUGUACAGACAAGUUUUGCUCGCUGGUUGUAGAUGCGUCGAAUUGGAUUGCUGGGAUGGAAAGGGAGAAGACGAGGAACCGAUAAUAACUCAUGGUAAAGCGAUGUGCACUGACAUACUCUUCAAAGAUGUAAUAUAUGCCGUAAGAGAUACAGCCUUCAUAACAUCUGAAUAUCCAGUUAUACUCAGCUUUGAGAAUCACUGUAGUAAGAAGCAGCAAUAUAAAUUGGCCAAAUAUUGCGAUGAGAUACUUGGAGAUUUAUUAUUGAAGGAACCUCUUAAGGAUUUUCCUCUGGAACCGGGGGUAUCCUUGCCAUCGCCUAACAUGUUGAAGCGUAAGAUACUUAUUAAAAAUAAACGUCUCAAGCCAGAAGUAGAGAAGCAAGAACUCGAACUGUUCAAACAAGGGCAAUUUGUAAUCGAAGAUGAAGUUAAAGAGGACGCAAGUGCGCCACCUGUCGUAGCUGCAGUUGUUGAACAGCAACCUUCGAAGGAUGAAACUUCGACGGAUUCGAUGACGUCAUCGACGACCGGUGUUCAGCAACAGCAAUCUGGCAGCGGUCCAGCUGGUCUCGGCGAAAGCUUGGAAUUGGCUGUGGCUCAACCAUAUACCGGAAGUACGACGAACGUUCAUCCGUGGCUUUCUUCCAUGGUCAAUUACGCUCAGCCAAUAAAAUUUCCGGGUUUUGACGUCGCCGAACAAAAGAACAUUCAUCAUAAUAUGUCUUCCUUCGCGGAAACAGCCGGAUUGAAUUAUUUAAAGACAUCUGCCAUUGAAUUCGUUAAUUAUAAUAAACGUCAAAUGAGUCGUAUAUAUCCAAAGGGUACUCGAGCUGAUUCCUCGAAUUAUAUGCCACAGGUCUUCUGGAACGCCGGUUGUCAAAUGGUGUCACUGAACUUUCAAACGGCGGAUCUGCCGAUGCAACUAAACCAGGGCAAGUUCGAAUAUAAUGGAUCCUCUGGGUAUCUUCUCAAGCCGGAUUUCAUGAGACGUGCUGAUAGAAGUUUCGAUCCAUUUGCUGAAAGUCCAGUCGAUGGUGUAAUAGCUAUACAAUGUAGCGUACAGGUAAUAGCGGGCCAGUUUCUUUCGGACAAAAAGGUUGGUACCUAUGUCGAAGUAGAAAUGUAUGGUUUACCAACUGACACAAUAAGAAAAGAAUUUCGUACAAGAGUCGUACCAGCGAAUGGCCUCAAUCCGGUAUACAAUGAGGAGCCUUUCCUCUUUAGAAAAGUUGUAUUGCCGGAUUUGGCAGCUUUAAGAUUCGCCGUCUAUGACGAAUCAAAUGGAAAGCUUCUUGGCCAAAGAAUAGUUCCUUUAGACGGUUUGCAAUCUGGCUACCGUCAUAUUUCUUUACGUACCGAGGCAAACUUUCCUAUGUCUUUGCCUAUGCUCUUUUGCAAUAUAGAAAUAAAGAUCUAUGUACCGGAUGGUUUUCAAGAAUUUAUGGACGCUUUAACUGCACCGCGUGCUUUCAAGAACAACGAAAGUAUGUCGCAGAAUAAAAUGCGCGGACUUGGGAUCGAGGAGAGUGACAGUAAAAGUAGUUCAAAUUCGAUGCCUACUAAGCAUCAAGAAGCUGCGAAGCCUAGAGAGGAAAUAAAAUUCGAUCCGAUUACAGUGGAAUCCUUGAAGUUAGAGAAAGGUUAUCAAAAGGUUUUGAGAAAGCAACAAAAGGAAUUGGAAUCUUUGAAGAAGAGGCAUCAGAAGGAAAAGAUGACCGUACAAAAGCAACAUUGUGUUGCGAUAGAAAAGAUAAUCAAAGGAAAGAACAAAGCAGAAUUAUCGAGAGAUCCGAUAAUACGACAGGCCGUGAACGAGCAAACGAGUCAAUGGUCACGAUUAGCUGAUAGACAACGUCGCGAGGAACGUGAAUUAGUACGAGUUCAUCUCGAGGAACGUCGUAUGCAAUUAAAGAAAUCAUGUAUGACAGCUCAGGGGACACAACAGAAACAGUUGGCGGCAAGACACGAGCGUGAGAUUAAAGAGAUGAAUACGAGACAGGCAAAGUUAUCGGUCGAGAGUAUGAGAGAGGUGAUGAACGAUAAGACCUUAAAGACGCGGGGUAUCAAAGAGGGUAGGCUCAGGGAGAAACAACAAAACAAUACAAAGAAAUUCAUGGAGGAACGUAAGAUAGCACAAAUGAUACAGAACAGGGAGAAGGAGAAGUUAAAGGUCAUACACGAGAAGCAAUUGGAGGAGCUGCAGAAAGAUAUGAAUGCGGUAAGGGACGAGAUCAUGGAUAUGUACAAGAACGAAGAAAUGGAAUACGAAUUGGGACCGAAGACCGAAUUUUACGCGUGAUUUCAUUUUGAUUUACUUUCAGCAACUGCUCCAAGUCACGAGACACCGUCCACAAUGGGACGAGCAUCCUUUUAGGACCUCUUAACUAUGGGAUACGCAGUAUCAGUAAUUAUAAUUGGAAUUGGGAUCAAGCCUCAUUAAUUGUCGUUCACGAAUCUUUCAUCGUUCAUACGUAAGUCCAGGAACGUUGGAAGAUACGAAAACGUCAAGUUAAUCAAACCUAACGUAACUAGUUAAUCGUUCUGAAUAUUUUUUUAUAAAAAACUGAACAAAG